UGUCAUAUCCAUGCAUACCCGACCCCUACCCGACUUCCGGACCUCCACCCUCUUCACCUCCGGAGUUGUACCCUACCGCUGCCAUUCCGAUACUUACCUUCGGUCCUGGCAACACACCCCUCCUUCUUACCCCUCCCCCUAUCUCCGUCCGCUCCGAUACUCACCUCGGCCCGAACACCACCCCUCUCGCCCCUCACCCUCCUGCUCCGCUCCUCCUUCACCCAACCUCCACCCUCCCGUCAUCCUCCUACACUUCCCCCAUCCACUCCGAUACUCACCUUCGGACCUGACAACCCUCCUUACCUUUCCCCUCUCUCUCCUCCGCCACCCUUCCGCCAAGUUACAACCUUCCACCGCUGUCCCGUACUUCGUACUCAGACACCGCUUGUACCUUUGCUCCGAGCCUCUGUCAUAGUCCCUACCUCGGACUUUGACUCCACCUCAGUCUUAGUCCAUUGCAUUGGUGACCUCAUACUACAUAAACACCAUUGCCAAUAUCCCUCGGACUUUCAACCCCGCCUUCGGCACUUUCGCCGCUUGUAAUGUAUCUCUCGCAUUUACCCCUCAUCCCUAUUUGGACUACUGCUUCUUCCCAUUCUAGCCAGUUAGUCAUCAUCCCCACUUCUCCUCAUCCUCCUGCCCCUCUGGGCCUCGCCCUCCCUACCUCCUUUCAGAUGUAUCACAGGUCCUGCCUUAUGACCUUCGGUACCGCUCCACUUCUUCUACCCUUUGUUCCCGUUCGGACGUCUUUGUUCCGAUUCAG